AUGGCUUCGCCUUAUCCUGGAGAAAAUGACGGAAAAAUAAUGACGGCAUAUGAACGAAUGAAGGAACUGAAUCGUCAAAUCUAUGUCGACUAUGCCGACAACGUCAGUCUGAGUUCCUACUUUCGCUUUUGUCGCUCCAUGCUUAAUAUGGCGAAGGAGCAUGAAGAAGAUGGUAGCAAGAUAAAGGCCUAUUGUCUACGAAAGCGUUUUGUCAUCCUCUUUAUUGAUCACCUCAGCCUGCGUGAAGACUUUAAGCAUAGUGGGUCUGACAUCCGUAACUCAUGGUGCUGCGAGUGCAAUCGUGUGCUGAAGAUUGUCGAGAAAAUGCACAAAGAAAUCCUGGAAGAAUUCAAAGCCGAGGAGCUUUUGCGUCAGAAGAUCUCUGCCGCUCCUUUCGGUGCUACCGCUGAUGCCACUACGGUUCUGCCCGGAGCAAAUUCAGGGCGUCGAAGUCUUUCGUUCUCACAAUCACCCUCAUCCGUCACUCCUUCCCUCUCUUCCACUGCUACUCCUGUCCCCAACAGUUCUUGUUCACCGCCUCAAUCGCCUACUCUACUACUGUCCGGUAUCACACCACCUAAAAUUGAUCGAAGUCUCAAGCCCUCCACCGUAAAGCCUUUGUCUCGAAACGGCCUCAAUCCCAUCCUUGUUCCACGGACUCUCGCUUCAACAUUCCUCAAACUGGCUGAGUCCAACACUCGUGCAAAUCGAGAGACCUGUGGCACGCUUUGUGGACAUCUUAGCCCUAAAGGGGACAAACUUGUGAUUUCGCACAUCAUUGUCUGUAAACAGACUGGCACAGCGGACUCUUGCACCACAACAAACGAGGAGGAGUUGAUUGGCUGUUUAGAAUCGGACGGGCUCAUUGUGAUGGGCUGGAUUCACACUCAUCCCUCCCAGACGGCUUUCAUGUCCUCAUUGGACUUACACUGCCACCUCUCCUAUCAACUAAUGCUGCCCGAAGCGAUUGCCAUUGUGUGCGCACCAAAGCACGACCAAGUGGGGUACUUCUCACUCACUCCCGACUAUGGACUCGAUUUCGUGCGGGACUGCAAAGAGACAGGGUUUCACACUCACACCUCCCUUCGAGAACUCUAUGCUGCCUGUGAGCAUAUCGUCCACACGGAAGGAAAGGUUGAGGUCGUGGAUUUGCGGUGA